CCCGUCCCACUCGGAACCUAUUUGAGGAAGCGCUAAAAUGGCGGCAGGAGAGGAAGUUUUGGGAGGAAGUGGCGGACGAUCUUCAGUAGUGACUGAUAAUUAUAAAUGAAACAAUACUGCAAGACGGCUUGUGCAUCAUAUUUCUUGGAUGAAAUUCAAACAUUUAUAUUCUGUAAAGUGGGUACAAUCCCUAAAAGUCUGCUUACAUGUGUAGAUCAUUGCGUUACUGUGUUAGUCAUUGUCUGUAUGCAGCAAUGACAAGACUGGAAGAAGCAAAUCAAGAAGUGAACAUGCAUUCCUCUGUCCGCUAUCUCGGCUAUAUAGCCAGAAUGAAUUUGUUGGCAGCAAUAUGUAUGGGUCUUUAUGUCAGGUGGGAAAAAACUGCAGAUGCACUAAUACUCAUAAUUUUUAUCCUUGGAUUAUUUGUUCUUGGAAUUGCAAGUAUACUUUAUUACUAUUUUUCAAUGGAAGCAGCAAGUUUAAGUCUCUCUAAUCUUUGGUUUGGAUUUUUACUUGGCCUUCUUUGUUUCCUGGAUAAUAAUUCUUUUAAAAAUGAUAUAAAGGAAGAGGCAACAAAAUAUUUACUUCUUUCCUCCAUAAUUAUAAGAAUAUUGUAUGCUUUGGUGCAGAGAAUAUGUGGCUGUGUUCAUCAUCGGCCCAUUUUACUAACAACGGUUGAAGUACUUGAGCUGGUUGGAUUUGCAAUUGCCAGUACAACUAUGCUGGUGGAGAAAUCCAUGAGUAUUAUUCUAUUGAUUGUGGCUUUAGCAAUGCUGAUUAUUGAUUUGAGGAUGAAAUCAUUUUUGUCAAUUCCAAAUUUAGUAAUUUUUGGAGUCCUUGCCUCUUUGUUAUUUUUUCCAUCCUUGCAUAUACCAACAAAUCCAUUUCCCUUGGGAUGUUUUUUUAGUUGCUUAAUAGCUGAUCCCCUUCUUGAUGUUUACUUUAGUGGACUUUCAGUUACAGAACGUUGGAAACCUUAUUUAUAUCGUGGUCGAGUUUGCCGAAGAUUCUCAGUCAUUUUUGUUGGAUUUAUUGAACUGAUUUACUUCAUCCUUUCAGCACUUAAACUAGGUGAUUUGGAUCUCUGGUACUUUGUAAUACCAGGCUUUUCCAUUUUUGGCAUAUUCUGGAUAAUCUGUCACAUCAUUUUUCUUAUAACUCUCUGGGGAUUUCAUACAAAACUUAAUGACUGUCACAAAAUAUAUUACACACACAGAACAGACAACAAUAGCCUUGACAGAGUAAUGGCAUCUAAAGGAAUGCGCCAUUUUUGUUUAAUUUCAGAGCAACUUGUCUUUUUCAGCCUUCUUGCAACAGCAGUUUUGGGUACAGUAUGUUGGCAGAGAUCCAAUGGAAUCUUCAUGAGUGUUUUUUUGAUUGUAUUGCCUCUUGAAUCUAUGGCUCAUGGGUUAUUUCAUGAACUAGGAAGUUGUUUGGGAGGCACAUGUGUUGGCUAUGCAGUUGUGAUCCCUACCAAUUUUUGUAGUUCUGAUGGACAACCAACAUUGCUUCCACCUGAGCAUGUGCAAAAGCUAAAUUUGAGGUCUACAGGCAUGCUUAAUGCUAUCCAAAGGUUUUUUGCAUAUCAUAUGAUUGAGACCUAUGGCUGUGAUUAUUCCACCAGUGGACUUUCAUUUGACACAUUACAUUCUAAACUAAAGUCAUUUCUUGAACUUCGGACAUCAGAUGGACCUAGGCAUGAUACUUAUAUAUUAUACUACAGUGGUCAUUCUCACAGCUCUGGGGAGUGGGCACUAGCAGGUGGAGAUUCAUUACAACUUGACAUGCUUUUAGACUGGUGGAGAGAGAAGAAUGGUUCCUUUUGUUCACGGCUUAUUAUAGUCUUAGACUGUGAAAAUGCUCUGCCUUGGGUUAAAGAAGUCAGAAAAGUCAGUGACAUGUAUAUCGCAGUGCAAGGAGCAGAACUGGCUAAAGUAGUAGACAUAGAAGAAUCAGAACCUCCCCACAUUGGUGAUUUCACCCGAGAUUGGGUUGAAUACAAUUGUAAUUCCAAUCACAAUAUCAGCUGGUUUGAAAAGGGACGUACUGUGAAAGCUGUGUAUGGAGUGUCGAAAGGGUGGAGUGACUACACUUUACAUUUGCCAACUGAAAGUGAUGUUGCCAAACACUGGAUGAUGUAUUUUCCCCGCAUCACAUACCCAUUGGUUCAUCUUGCAAACUGGUUCUGUGGGCUUAAUCUCUUCUGGAUUUGCAAAACUUGUUUUAGGUGCUUAAAACGAUUAAAAAUGAGUUGGUUUCUUCCUACAGUAUUGGAUACAGGACAAGGCUUUAAACUUGUCAGAUCUUAACAAAGAAUCAGAAGUGAGAGCUCUUACAACUUGAAACAGGAUUGACUUAUAACUUUUUUAUUUGUUACAUUUUACUUUUUGAAAAAAUGUUAUUUGUGUAACUAUAUUGCUUUUUGUAUUUUCUUGAGCAAAUGCAAGAUUUUAGAAAAAUAAGAACUCCAUUUGAAAGCAAAAACAGCAUAGAUAUUUGUAACCAAAUUGGAUUUGAAUUCAAUAUGAGCCAUUAAAUGUGACCAUGGACUUGAGAGACAGCUUUGUGUGCUUCUUUGCAUUGUAGCUGUCUGAUAUAAAUUUGUCAAAUUUCACACUUAUAUCAAUUUCAGUCCUAGGUCAUUGGAAGAGAAACUACUGAAUCAUGGUCAUCGUUUGUUUUGAAGGGUUUCAAAAAGUAAAGCAGCAAAGAAUUAAAAUAAAUCAAGUUAUGCCACAUAGAUAGUUGUAAGGCAGGACUGUCAAACUUGCGACCCGUGGGCCGGAUGCAUUGCAGCCUGGCUGCACCCACAACUAGUUUAGCAAAAAGGGGGAAGUUGCUUUACGUCACAUGAUGACGCCAUGACGAUACAAAUUUGACACCCCUACUCUAAAGCUAUUGGCACUUUGAAUUCAUGUUGAAAUGAACUAAAGUGAAUGUUACAUUUUUCCAUGGAACAUAGGGGUCUUAUAUCCUAAUCCUAGAUGAACAUACAUGGGAGUAAGUAUUACUGAUGUUAGUGGAGCUUAUUGCUAAGUAUUCUUAGGUUUGAAAGCAUAAUGGUUCGUCUUGGAAAUAAUGCGAAAAUUAAUUUUUGAGUAUUUCAAGCCUUAAUUAAUACAACAUCAUAAAUAAGUUCAGCAAAGCUAAAUUCAGCAAGAUUAAACUGAUAUUUUUCUCUGAUUUUCAGUGGAGAAAGAUAAGCAAUUUUUAUUAUAUUUUUUCAUCACACUGAAACACAUUGAUUUUAGUUUUUAAAGGAAAAUUAUUAAACUGCAGAAUGUUUCUUUGCGGAGCUAGAAAAUAAUUGAGUAGUAACUAAAAUGCAUAUAUGAAAAAACAUUUUCAAUUCAUUUUUUAAAAACUAUUCCCUGAAUACUAAUUAUUCAUGCAACAGUUUUAGAACUAUAAAAUUAAGAUAAAGUAUCCCCACAAACCAUUUAAUGUUUCUAAUUAUGGGAGUUAAAUUACUUGUUUUCCCCCUCUCUUAUCUUAUAAAAUGUACAGCACAAUGAAAGCAUAUAGACUAACAUAAAGCUGGUAAUAUCUGGAGAUAAUAUGACAUAAUCUGUAUUCUUAUUUUUAUUUUUUAAAUGGAAAUCUGUUUUGUAAUGAUUGAUUACAGUAUUUUACUUCAUACUUUUGUUAAGCACUAUAAAAUAGAUUCACAAUGCAUUAAGUGCCAUUCCUAUAUUUAUUCAAAUUACUAUCAAUUACUACAGAAUUUUAAUUUAAAAUGUGCAUUAAUAGUAAUGAAACAGCUGAAACUUACUAAUUGUACUUUCCUACUUACGUCACUUUCUGUUUAACAGUUCAUAGUUUAAUAGAUUCAGAAACUGGGGGAAAUUCUUUCUCUUGCAUUGCCUAUUCCAUUCAACA